AUGUCUGCUACUGAGGCCACCGCUGCUGUUUCCGUCCCUGCUGAGGAAGUCAAGGUCAUUGAGACCCCUGUCGUUGACCCUGCGCCAGAGGCACCCGCUGCUGAAGAGGCAGCUCCUGCUACUGAAGCUCCAAAGGAAGAAGUCAAGGCUGACGAGGCCGCCCCCGCCGUCGAGGCUGCUCCUGAUGCUCCUGCAGAGUCCGCCAAGGAGGAAGCCAAGACUGAGGCUAAGAAGGAGGAACGCCCCAAGAGCCCGGGCCUCCUUGCCAAGCUUCUUGCUCCUUUUAAGGAUGGCAAGACCAAGGUAGAGAAGAAGGUCAAAGCUCCCAAGAGUCCCAAGAAAGAGAAGAAAAAGGAAGAAUUGAAAGAGGAGGCCGCUCCCCCCGCUGAGGAGCCUGCCAAGGAAGAGGUGCCUCCCACUGAGGCAAAGGUUGAGGAGACUCCUGCGGCUACCGAGCCUCCUACCACUGAGGAGCCUGCAGCUGAGCCUGUCAAAGAGACUGAGACUGCUGCCGCCGAGGCUCCUGCUGCAGAGCCUGCAUCUGAGGCCGCCCCGGAGACUCCGGCUGAGGCCCCGAAGGAGGAGAAGGAGGAAAAAAAGGAGAAGGAAAACAAGGCGGCCAAGGUUGGCCGCCGCCUGUCUGCGCGCGUGGGCGAUCUUUUCAGAUCCAAGCCCAAGACGGAGCUUUCGACUCCUGCCAAGGUGGAUGAGCAUCCCCCCGUGAUUGAUGAACCUGCUCCAGUUGCUCCUCUCGAGAACCCUGCCAGUUCGGAACCUGCUCCCGUGCAGGCUGCUGCACCUCUUGUCGAGGAGACCGUUCCCGCUGAGCCUGCACCUGUUGCUGCUCCCGUCAUCUCGGCCGUCGCAUAA